AUGAAAAACCAAACUGCAUUUACUGAGUUUAUCCUGCUGGGCCUUACAAACCGACAUGAACUCCAGGUGGUGACAUUCCUCUUUCUGUUCCUCACCUACAUACUAAGUGUCCUAGGAAAUCUGACCAUUAUCCUCCUCACCUUAUUAGACCCUAACCUCCAGACUCCUAUGUAUUUCUUUCUCCGGAAUUUUUCCUUCUUAGAAAUUUCCUUCACAUCCAUUUUUAUUCCCAGAUUUCUGACCAGCUUGACAACAGGAAAUAAAGCCAUCAGCUUUGCUGGCUGCUUGACUCAGUAUUUUUUUGCCAUAUUUCUCGGGGCAACAGAGUUUUACCUCCUGGCCUCUAUGUCCUAUGACCGCUAUGUAGCCAUCUGCAAACCCCUGCAUUACCUGACCAUCAUGAGCAGCAGAGUCUGCAUACAACUUGUGUUUUGCUCCUGGCUGGGGGGAUUGUUGGCUAUCUUAUCCCCUAUCAUCCUGAUGAGCCAGGUGGAUUUCUGUGCCUCCAAUGUGCUGAAUCACUAUUUCUGUGACUAUGGGCCCCUCCUGGAGAUUGCCUGUUCAGACACAAGCUUCAUAGAACUGAUGGUCAUCCUCUCAGCGACUGUGACUCUGGUGGUUACUCUGGUGCUGGUGACACUUUCUUACAUGUACAUUAUUAGGACCAUUCUGAGGAUUCCUUCUGCCCAGCAAAGGACAAAGGCCUUUUCCACUUGCUCCUCCCACAUGAUUGUCAUUACCCUCUCCUAUGGCAGCUGCAUGUUUAUGUACAUCAAUCCCUCUGCAAAAGAAGUAGGUACUUUCAACAAAGGAGCAGCUGUACUCAUUACUUCAGUUACCCCCUUGUUGAAUCCCUUUAUUUAUACCCUAAGAAAUCAACAAGUGAAGCAAGCCUUCAAGGGCACUGUCAAAAAGAUUGUGAAGUUUUAA